UGCUGGCGGGGAAGGGGGGAGGGGAGUUAAUUGGAUCCUGUCCCUGUUUGUGCCACUUGCCUCUCGCCCCCGAUACAAAUUCUCUCUAGUUCUGCCCCUUUUCUCUCUCAGUGUCUCACACGGGCUAUAAAAUCCAGGGAGAUUCGCCCCCCCCCCCCCCCCGAUCAGCUCUCUGGUCUCCUUCGAUUUCCGCCCCCUCUUCUCUCCGUAAUUCUCAAAUGUCAAUUUAAAAUCUCCUCCAACGUGGAGGAUUUUUCCGCCCAUUUUAUUUGCUGUCCUGAGUCGUCCUCCAUCCUGGUUGUUGCAGGGGGUUCAAUUUCCCAGUGUUGAUCUUUCCCCUCUCCUUUGAGAACCAUUUCUUCCCUCCUUUAUCUCUCUUAAAAAUGUUUGCUGAUAAAACAGACCAGCCACAUAUUUAAUACACAUCAAAGCCAGAGGCCUCCCCCUGUUUGGGGGAUCAGUGGUUCCCAGCUGGUAAUGGGAGAGUUGGCUGGACCCUUUUCUUUUCUCCAGCUGGCACGGGAUGUUCUCUCUGAGUAUGUCUAGACUACCCGCUGGAUCGGCAGGUAAAGAUCAAUCUAUUUGGGAUCAAUUUAUCGCAUCUAGCGUAGACGCAAUAAAACUGAUUCCUGAUCGCUCUGCUGUCGACUCUGCAACUCCACCGAGAUGGAAUCGGAGUCGCCGGGGGAGUGGCAGUGGUCGACUUGCCGCAGUCCUCACGGCCAGACAGGUUACAGAAUGACUUCCAUGUUUCGCUCCAGCUCAUCCCAUCCUCCCAUGGGCCAGGGGAGAGAAAUGGCUGCAGGGACGCCAGUUCAGGGGCCGGUGACCUUUGAGGAGGUGGCUGUGUAUUUCACCAGGGAAGAGUGGGCUCUUCUGGACCCCACCCAGAGAGCCCUCUACAGGGAUGUCAUGCAGGAGAACUAUGAGAAUGUGACCUCGCUGGGUAAGGGUUCCUGUCCCCUCGGUUCUUGGAAGGGGAAAUGAAGAGAUAAGGUUCACAUAAGCCGCACAAUGCCAUCUCUACUCUGUCCAGUUUCAGCUUCACCCCAAUAUGCCAGUGACACCACGCUAUCCAAAGUGUUGCGCAGCAGGGGAAGGUCUCUGGAACAGAGCACAGGAACAGUAUCGCACAGAGUCAAAUAUCUCUGGUUUGCUCAAAAAAACUGGGAGUUAGGUCCAGUAUAACAAACAGAAGCUUCCUACCCCUGCCCUUCUCUUCAAACCCUGAGCCUUCACCACCCAGACUAGAAUGUGCUUGGGGUGUAACGAGCAGGCUGCUGGAGUCAGAGCUGCCGUUCCAGGGUUACUUAUCACACAGACACUCAGUGCGUCCUUGAAUGCUGGCUUGGAGUAUCCAGACAAGGUAGCUCCAUAAGCAGAACACUGAAUUUCACACAGCAUUAGAGAUAACACAACUCCUUACUGAUCUGGACUGCACCCUAGCAUGUGAAAAUGGUUUACGUUGGUAGUGAAAAUUCUUGAGACAUGGAGAGUCUUGCUCCCCCAUCUCCAUAUGUAAUAGCAAUUUUUUCUCUGCAGCUCCUUGGAUUUUUGAGAACCUCAUUCCCAAACUCACAUGUCUCCGAUUCUUAUUUUUCACAAUUUGCUUUUUCAGACUAAUUAGAGUCUGUUAGUCCUGAAUUAUAGCUUCUAAUUUCCCAGCGUUCUCUACAGCCAGAGAUUUUCCUACUCCUUCCCAUUACGCUGGCCUCGCUAGAUUCCCUAGUACAUAAGAACGGCCGUGCUGGGUCAGAGCAUAGCUCCAUUUAGACCAGUAUCCUGUUUUUCAAGAGUGACCGAUGCCAGGUGUCCCAAGGGAAAUGAACAGAACAGGUAAUCAUCAAAUGAGUCAUCUCCUGUCACCCAUUCGCAGCUUAUGGUAAACAGAGUUUAGGGAAACCAUCUUGGCUAAUAGCCAUUGAUGGCCAUGAAUUUAUCAUGUUCUUUUUUUGAACCCUGUU